UUGAAUUUUUCUACUUCGUGUAAACAAUCAACUAAAUACAAUUUAAUGACUAUUAUUUAUGAAUUAAUUAUAAGUGAAACAAUAUAUGUAUAUUAAAAAUACAAUUAUUAUAACAAGAAAAUUAUGUGGAUGACAUAACAACGGAAAUUAAAUGCAUGUUAAUAACAAAAAACUCGUCAAACAAGUUACGUGAGACCAAUAAUUUUUUACAAUGGAGGACAUAGCAGUACAUCCCGUCGAAGAAAUUGUUAUAAAAUGUGAAGUUAUCGAAAUAUCAGACGAGGAUGUAGAGACACAAGAACCUAAAAAAAAACGUCGUAAACGGCUCACACCAAAAGAACCCCAGCCCUGUGAUAUUUGUGGUAAAACUUUCCAAACCGGCUACGAGCUUAAGAAACAUAAAAGAACACACACAGGCGAACGUCCAUACAUGUGCACGACGUGUGGGAAGACAUAUACACAGCUCGGACAUCUCAGUAUCCACAGUUUGUCACAUAAAGGUAUAAAAAAUUUUAAUUGCAACGAAUGCGGGUCUUCGUUUUACAGGAAAGCAGAUUUGGACAGACACGAAAAGAUCCACACGGGCGAGAAACCGUUUCAAUGUGAAAUAUGUUCGAAGAGUUUCACACAGAAAAACAAUUUGGUGAUGCAUUUCAAAAUGCAUAUCGGUGAUAAACCUCACAAGUGCGAAGUCUGUAGCAAGAGAUUUCUAACGAGGAGCAAAAUGAUGUUGCAUUCGAAGAAACAUGAUAAAGAAAAGAAAAAAAAACACGACUUUUUGGGGCAUAUCUAGUUUUGGCGGGAAACAUGUGUCAAUAGUGUCAUCUGUCUAGUGUUCGGUUAAUUUCGGGAAUCGUCGGGUUUUUUCGGAUUGCGGUUAUCGAAUGUGCGAAUCGGUGUCUUAAGAAAAAAAAACAUGACUUUAUGGUAUAUUUAUUUUGGCGGG